CACACGCACACACACUCGCCUUGGAUUGUAAAAUAGCAGGGAAGCUGUAGGAGCUGCAGCAGCCUGGUGGAUGAAGCAGAGAGGAAGCCAAGAAGUUACUUUUAGAGAUUGUUAAUCGCGGUGCGUAAAAUGAAAGUGGUGCGUAAAUGUCUGCGCGGUAGAUGAUAUCCACAUUUUAAAAAGUUGACCGGCAAACUAGCUGUAAACUAAAGUCACAGGCUGAAGUCCACCCUCGGCACGGAUGCUGUUGGAUGUCUGCGCUCCUGCCUCUGAUCUUAUUUGAGUCAUGGCUUACUCUCAGCUGGGAUACUCCUACUCCACCACUCCGCAGUUUCUGAUGACCUCCAGCUCUCUGGCCGGCUGUCUGGAGCCGGGAACGCCUCCGUCACACCCGGUGCUGCGCUCCCCGGCCCACCAGCUCACCUCUGCCACCGGCAUCGGAGUCUACAGCGGAACUUAUCCAAAGAGCCAAGGAUACUAUAACACCUGCACCAGCGACGCCACCGCUCUCUACUCCAGAGGGCCACUUGAUCCCAAAGACGGAGCUGCCUCUGUGGGGACAUCUCAGACUCCUGCCUACUAUCCCUAUGAAUAUACAUUUGGACAAUAUCCAUAUGACAGAUAUGGGUAUUCCUGCUCUGACGGAGCUUCCCGUCGUAAAAAUGCCACCCGAGAGACCACCAGCACCCUGAAGGCUUGGCUGCAGGAGCACCAGAAGAACCCAUACCCCACAAAGGGAGAGAAGAUAAUGCUCGCCAUCAUCACCAGGAUGACUCUUACACAGGUGUCUACAUGGUUUGCCAAUGCACGCAGGAGGCUGAAGAAGGAGAACAAGGUGACGUGGUCACCGCGGGCUUGUAAAAGCUCUGACGACCGGGGCUGUGACGAUGACAGCGACGAAGCUGAGAAGCCGCUUAAAAAUGAGAAAGACCUUCCUGAUCAACAGUGUGCAGACCUGCAGAGUGACCUUGAGGACUUCGACCUGCUGGAGUCAGACGGUUCUGACUGUGAACCCAAGCCACAGUUUCUACCUGAGGACAGUGACGCAAACUCAAACACAGACCGCCCACACGGGCAUCUCACACACAACCCAGACGCACUGCACGGGAAAGAGAGAUUGUCUCCAGACUGCCCCAAACUCACGCCAGUCCAACAACAAAACAGCCCCUUCUAUUCCAACCCAGACCCUCGAAGUACACACACCAAGCCCAAAAUCUGGUCCAUCGCUCACACUGCUGUGUCUCUGGACGGCAGCUUGCAGUCAGAGUACCCUCCCUGCAUGCUGUCAUCAGCCGGGUCCUCCUCUCCUGGGUAUCCAUCAAAUAUGGCGUUAACCAAGGCAGACAGGGAACAGGAGUCACCGGUCGCCACACUCAGAGAAUGGGUGGACGGAGUUUUCCACGGUCCUCCUUUCCAACAGCCCAAACCAGCUGAGGCGUGGAAAGGCUUAAAUGAUGGCAUGAUAGACAGCAGAACACCCGGACAGUCCUUUGAACUUGUUAGGUCGACGUCGUCUUUGUAGUCCACCCAACGCACCGUCAACGGAAUAUUUCAAAGACUGAUGGACUUGAAACAGAAAGUCUAUAUUUUGUUGUUGUGACUUGACCAAUUGACCGUUCACUAAACGCCAUUCCCCUCAGUUACUGUUACGUCUGUCAAACUUUUUGUUCUCACAUAUAUGGAUUUACAAUAAUAACAGUGCCAUUAAAAUUUUUUAGUAAUUGUUGAAACAAUGGGUCCCACCAACCAACAUAUUCUCAUCCCAACUUGUAAAAUAUUGCUACUCUAUCAGUUGACUUUUGUGUCAAAAUAUGAUGCGCUGCGUGCCCUCCUGUGACAGUUUUGGACGUUCAGGGACGGCAUGCAUUGUGUCUUUUCAAAAUACGCAUACAUAUUCACAGGAAAUGUACAGUUUCUGCUUGUUAGAUGCAAACAGUCUUUUUAAAAUACAUUUUACAACUAGGCUUGCAGCGUUUUAAAGUAUACCGGGAUAUAAAAGUUGAGGCUUAUCGUAAAAGCAACUGGACGUUGAAUCUCCCCUUUAUUUUAGUUAUUUUCAAAGAGGAGACUUUUUACACAAACUAACAUUAACAAAAUGGUUUCAAGGUUCAAUUAUAGUAAUUAAACGUUUGUUCGACCAAAAAUAACCCUUAAGUUUUAUUCCUUAAAGGAUCAUUCUGACUGAUAAUAACUCUAAUAAAUUCUGUCACACCGUGACACUGCGAGAUUUUCUAAAACCAGACAAUUAUAAUACAGUGAAAAUCUCAUACUGUUGCAACC